CUUUCAUCAUCAUCGUCGUCAAGCAAUGUUUAUUAUGAGCUACUUCCACAAGAAGUCAUUGUUAGUAAAGAAAUGGGAAGCCGUGCAAUAUGUAUACAACGUGUGGCACCACCGUGUUUUGAAGCCUCGCAAGUGAAGAAGAUCAAAACAGUUGGUUCCUUUUUGGUGAAUACUAGGAGUAAGAGAAGAAGAAGCACUGGUGUGAAAUGUAGCAGCAUAGCUGACUACAUCGGAGGUGACUUGGUGAAGCCGGACAUCGGACAAUGGCUUCAAGACGUGGAAGAACACAAGGCAAUCGCCAUUUACGCUCCUCAUGAGGGUGGUUACGAAGGUCGUUAUCUUAACCGUCUCAAAAUGCAGGGCUACUACUUUCUUGACAUCUCUGCUCGUGGCCUUGGUGACCCUGAGACUACCCUUCUCAAGAACUACCCUGUUUGCCCUGCUCAUCUUGGGAAACAACCUAUAGCAAGAUGGUAUUAUCCACCAGAAGUUGAUUACAGGCUCGCUGCUCUUCCCCCUAGUGCCAAGGGUCUUGUUGUAUGGGUCCUCGAAGCAAAGGUCCUCUCAAAAUCGGAGCUUCAAUUUCUCGCUUUACUUCCCUCUCUUCGUCCUAACGUCAGGGUUAUUGCUGAAUGUGGCAACUGGAGAAAGUUCGUGUGGAAGCCUCUAGCAGAAAUUGCAAAUCUAGCUGCACAAGAGUAACUUAAUGGCACAAGUGGAGCUACCAGUGUAUAGUUUUUCAUGAAUGCAUCUCCCGCAAGUGUAGCAAUACUCAUCCCAUAGUAAAAGUUAAAAUCUGUAUUUGUAACUUGGUAGUAUAUUCCCAUGGAGUAGUUAAAGAUAAUUUCUGACUCUGCUUUGUCACAAAUAAAAGUAUGUAUAAUCAGUAAGAUUGAUAGGACACGCUUAGAUACAGACUACAGAGCAAUCCAGAAGUACAACAUAGAACACUUGAUUCAGCAGAAACAUGUGCAACUUACUUUGAUCAACUCCAGUCACUAGACCUAACGAGUAACAACAUGUUCCGAGUCCACAAAUCGUUUUGAAAACCAAAAAAUUCAGAUCUUUUGCAAAGUUCUUCAGCGAGUAGGCAUAUUGCCCUCCUGUGACUAGACAACUUAAUACCUAGAGCUUUAACUGAAGGUUCUUGCCAAUAUUCUCGUGAGAAAUCAACAAAUAUGGUCACCCUUAAGACUUUGAUGGAGCUAA